AGAUGAGGCCUAAAAUGAGGCAACUACAUUUGGCAAUUAGCAAGUGUCUGAUUCCUUAGCAAUUUCAUUGAGUAGGGAAGGGAGGCAGGUAAUUGAAGUGUAGAGGUAAAGGGAAGAGGAAAAGUGAGGCAGUGGUUUAAGGGUCAAAGAGGAUUUUGGAGAAGUUUUUUUAGGUUAGAAAAGACCAAGGAGCAGUAGCCAGUGGAGUCAGAUUAAUGGGUGGAGCAUGGUUCAGGAGGUAAAGGGGUCAAGAGCAUUAGUGAAAGGGAGUUCAGUCUGGCAGAGGAAUUAGGAGACACCAGGAGGAGGUUUUUAUAGGACAUGUUUGUUUUGCAGUGCCAUCAUUGCCCAGGAUUAUCUGUUAGGCUAUGAAUAUUUUUACUUUAGUCUCAAGCACUGGGUUUAUUAAUAUGUGUAUAGUAGAUACACAGAAAAGGGGACAGGCUGAAACACCUUUUAGAGGAGUUAGAUGAUAAUCUGAUUAGGCUGAUGAGAUUAGAACAUCCUAAAGAACAAAGAUGUUAGUAUUAAUUUUAACAUUUUAGAAUUAGAGACCUCAUGAGAUAUGAGACAGAAGCAAUAAACAAACUUGAAAAUUUCUGAAACUUUCUCUGCUUUCUUUUUUUUUUUCCCUUUUUCUCCCCAAAGCCCCAGUAGAUAAUUGUAUGUCGUAGUUGCACAUCCUGCUAGUUGCUGUAUGUGGGACGCCGCCUCAGCAUGGCCAGACAAGCAGUGGGUCGGUGCGCGCCUGGGACACGAACCUGGGCCACCAGUAGGGGAGUGCGUGCACUUAACCGCUAAGCCAUGGGGCCGGCCCCUCUGCUUUCUUUUCCAUUGACUCUUUUUGGUGUAGUUUUUAGCAACAAUAAUGGAAGUAAAGGGUUUAACUUGUCAUCCAACACAUUAUAGUCCUCUAUAUGUAGUUCCCUUCUCCAGAUAUACCCAAAUCUAGUAUAUGGGAUAUUUGGUUACUUUGUGAACUGGAAAGUGGUGCAGAGAAUCCUUCUAAUUGUUGACAUAGAGAGGCUGCUAAGUACUGCUGGAGAAAAUCACAAGAGAUCCUUUAGGCAUCUUGGUAAAACAGAACAUUUCCUUUCUCCACACGACUUAGAGAAGACUGAGGAACAGAGCUUUGUUGUAUCCAAGAACCAGAGAUACUCUUCACUUUGAGAUUCAAAAUGACCUAAACUGCUUCACCUGUUGUCUUUUUUUUUUUUUUUGGUGAGGAAGAUUUGCCCUGAGCUAACAUCUGUUGCCAGUCUUCCUCUAUAUUGUAUAUGGGAUGCCACCACAGCAUGGCUCGAUGAGUGGGGAGUAGGUCUGCACCUGGGAUCCGAACUUGCGAACGCCAAAUCGCCAAAGUAGAGCACACGAACUUAACCGCUACGCCACCUGGCGGCCCCCUUCACCUGUAUUCUUGAAUCUUUUCUAGUACACAGAGGAGAAAAAAUGAUGCUCUCCAGAUCCUUGGUUAUGGAAUAUUUGGCUCAUCCUGGUGCACUCAGCUUGGCUGCUGGAGUUGUUUGUGGCAUGUUCCUGGGCUGGGGCCUCCGUGCACACUUUGGGCUGACCCCCAAAAGCUCGGUGAGCAAGACAGACAUGGAGACUGGAACUGAAGCAAGCAUCUUAGGAGAGAGUGGGGAGUACAAAAUGAUUCUUGUGGUUCGAAAUGACUUGAAGAUGGGAAAAGGGAAAGUGGCUGCCCAGUGCUCUCAUGCUGCUGUUUCUGCCUACCAGCAAAUUCAAAGGAGAAACCCUGAAUUGCUUCAACAGUGGGAAUACUGUGGCCAGCCCAAAGUGGUAGUCAAAGCCCCUGAUGAAGAAACUCUGGUUGAAUUAUUGACCCAUGCAAAAAUGCUGGGACUGACUGUAAGUUUAAUCCAAGAUGCUGGACGUACUCAGAUUGCACCAGGCUCUCGAACUGUCCUAGGAAUUGGGCCAGGACCAGCAGACCUAAUUGACAAAGUCACUGGUCACCUAAAACUUUACUAGGUGGAAUUUUGUAUGAUGGUCCCACCACCACAAGUGUUUGAAACUGUCAAAUUCUAACAAUAAAAGUUGAAUGUCCCAACUUCAGUAUUCUUGAGAUGAAAAUCCA